AUGAGUAUGAAUGAACAAAAAUCAUUUAAUAUGGAUUAUUAGCAAAAAUUGACUUUGUCACCUUUACAAAAGUAUGAAUUAUACAAUUAAUUUCCUUGGUAAAUGAUUUUACAUACAUUAUUGAUACUUUUUACAACAAUACAAGUUCUUAGUGUUUUGGAUUAAUUAACUGCUUAAAAUAGAGCUUAACAUAUGAUAUUAAAGAAUAUUCUGCUUGGAUUGGAUGAAGAUAGUGAUGAAAUAUAAUUUUAUAACUUUGAUGACUUUUAAUAAUAAUUAAUGACAAUGAUGGAUAAUCUGAAUGAUUUAGAAAAUAUUUUAUUUUAAAAUAUUAACAUGAGUUAAUCAGAAUUUAAUUUUAAUAUUUUCUAUUCAGAGUUUGAUACUGAUAAUGCAAAUUAAACAGUAUUUGAAGUAGAUAUAGAUGAAGGUUUUACAAUUCCAUUUGAUAUUAAAGACGUUCAUUCAAUUAAAGAUUUCAUUGAAGAUGUUUAACUUAUGGAAUUUGAGGGAAAUUAGAUAUAUAACUAUAUUAAUUUUAGAGAUAUUGAAGGAGAUGUGUCAUGUUCAAGUUGGAAUUUCAAAAUUACUUAUAAAUUUGAUAAAUUAGGAGUUAUAAACUCAAAAAUAGAGACAGGCAAUAUUAAUUGUGUUGAAGAUUCUAAUAAAUAAAGUGGUUAAGAUUUUUUAUUAAUUCAUUUUAUUGUUCUUAUCUUAGGAGGAAUUUCAGUUUAUACAACUAUUUAAUAUUUAUAUGAUAUAGGAUCUGAAUAUAUGCAUAAUAAAUAAAUGUAUAAAGACAUAAAAAACAUUUUUGAAACUUAACCAUUAAAUGAUUAAUAAGAUAUAGUUUAAUAAUAGGGACCUUAAGUUGGUGUCAAAUUUUCAUAAGCUUGGAGGACUGUUGAUUAUUAAUAAGAUGUUAAAGCAUUUAAUAAUUGGUAUAUCUUAAAUGCUUUAGGUGGUUUUUUUUAAGUAGUGGGGGCUACUAUAGCAAUUAUGGAUUAAAUUUUAACCAGUGAUUUAUCUAUUUAUAAAUUCUAAAUUAAAAUGAUGGGAUUUGGAUGUUUUCUAUCUUGGCUAAUGCUUUUAUAAUACUUAGAAUACUUUUAAGAUAUUAGUAUUGUUACUUGGACUUUAAAAAAAUCUAGUAAAAAUAUUGCUAUGUUUAUUUUCAGUAUUUUACCAUUCUUUUUUGGAUUUGUUUAUUUAGCCUAAGCUCUCUUUUGGAAAUAUAAUUAUUUCUAAUCUACUAUUGAUACUAUUUUAUCAUUGUUUUCUUUAUCUAAUGGAGAUAUUUUAUUAGGUAAUUUUCUUAUAAUAUAAUUAGAAUCAUUUAAUUUAGUUAAACCAAUUGGAAUUAUUGGUUAAAUUUAUCUAAUUGUUUUCAUGAUAGUCUUUUUUACAGCUGUCUAAAGUGUUCUAAUUGCUAUAAUUAUGGAAGGAUAUGAUGAAAUUAAUGCUUAAAGAAAAAAAGAGAAUAAUUAGGAUGAAAAAAUUAAAGAUGAAAUUUUAGAUUAAAUUUAAAAAGAAUAAGAAGAAAUUAGUAAAUCUGCUAGAGAUGAUGAAUAAGAUGAUGAUAAAGAAAUAAUUAUAUCCAAACUUAAUUUAUUUAUGAGAAGAAUUGAUAGAAUGUUAGAAGAUCUUGAUUUAAUGGCAGAUGAAAUUGAGAAUGCAAAUAUCACAAUCAAUGAAAAAGAAUAUUUAUUAAAUGUACUUAGAGAAAAUAUUGAUAAUAUAUCUAGAAAUGUUAAAUUUUAAAUCAGUAAUAUGGAGUCAUGA